AUGACUUUUAAUCAUCCAUCGCCUUUGAACAAUCGAGCUUUUCAAGAAUAUCGUGAACCAAUCCCGGAACCUAUUGAAUUAUCUGACGACGAAUCUCAAGUUACAAAUCGACAACCGUUUAUUAUGGAAGGCAUUGAACAAGAACAACGACAAGGACAAGGACAAGGACAAGGACAAGGACAAGAUAUGAAUACGGCUAUUUUGACUGCAUUGACCCAACUGCUCAAGAACCAGGAGAACCAAAGAGGCCUUAAUGUUUAG